UCAACGAGGAGGUCCGACCGUUUCAUCAUGUCUUCUCCGUUAUUCUAGCUGUAACCUAAUUUUUUUACAUUAGCAUCACAGUCAGUAUGUCUAUGUCAACGUUUCAAAAGGUGACCCUCGCGACGUGCCUUGUGCUGUGCGUGGCGCUGCUGCUUCCAAAGAUGCUGUUAUCCAGGGGCAGGAAGGAUGCUGCCGAGCGGCCAGACGGACAUUUCCCUCCCAUGAUGCACCGUCAGAUGCCUCCAGAGAGUCGCAACCAGAGGGCAGCGGCGUCAGGAUUCUCCAGGGCCCAUAACUCUGAGGCCACAGCCAGGGCUAAAGGAGCAGGAACAGGAACCGGAACUGGAGGGAAAUCCAACCUGGCAGGACAGAUCAUCCCGGUGUACGGCUUUGGGAUCUUACUCUACAUCCUCUACAUUUUAUUCAAGAUCACAUCUAAAGGGAACAGCAAGCCAUCUAGGAGGUGUCCUCCACGGCGCUCUGAGAACAUGAAAAGGAAGAUCACUGACUUCCAGCUGGCCCAGCUGCAGGAGAAGCUCAGGGAGACGGAGCUGGUGAUGGAGAAGAUCGUUUCCAGCGCCCACCACAGUCCUGACAGGGUGAGGGGAGUGACGGCGGACCAGGAGGAGAGUCUUCUGCAGCAGCUGUCAGAGAUAACUCGAGUCAUGCAGGAGGGCCAGCUGGUGGAGGGGAUCCUCCCUGAGAAGAAGUCCCAGGAAGGCUGGGAAGGUUACCCAGAGGAACCUGAUCCGUGCUGGGAGGCCACCCAGUGCUGCUGUCAGAGCGAUCCGAAAGGAGACACGGACGGGACGGAGGGAGCUACGGUGGAAAACCUUACCGGUGAUUUUAUGGGUGCAGGAGAUGCAGAUGAAGCUGCAGCAGAACCCAAAGAGCCAGAGGAGGUGGAGGAAGAGGAGGAUUAUGGUGGUCAGUUUGAUCAGGGCCUCCAACAGGAGCCCAUGGAUGGAGCCCUCCAGGAGCUGGAGCUCACGCUGAAAAUGACUGCCAUGUUGGAGCAGGAGAAAACGGAGGACCAGAGCCACCCGGGGGAGACCGAAACAUCCGGCAGCUCAGUCAGACGUAGGAACAAGAGAAGAAAGGCAAAGAAAGCCAUAUGUUGACUCUUAGGUAGCAUUUAAAUAACAAACUCCUUUCCUACUGCAGCCAAGCUCCUCAUUGGACUUUAUUUUUCUGACUAAGGUUUGCAUCAACCUAUCGUUAGCAUUUGGGGCUUUGAUGAUUUCUGAUAUAAUAAUCAGGCCUGAUGCCAGUAUGUGUGUUACAAAGAACACAAAGGAUCCUGGUAUCGCAUUAGGCUGAUCAAUGCAGUAGAAGGCAGCAAAACUACCCCACAGCAUGAUGCUACCGCCAUCAUGCUGAACAGGUAGGUCAUCCUAUAGGCCCGGUUCACAUUGCAGGCAGAUGUAGCCUAGAUCUGAUUUCUUUGGGGGGUCAAGUGAUCAGAUCAGGCUGUUUAAAAGAAGCAUGGAGUCAUAUAUGAGCCACUUUCAUAUGUGGUCCUGAAUCAAAUCAAACUUUAUUUAUAAAGUGCUUUUGGACAAUAUUAGUACAUUUUUAAUUAGUAAAAAAACAAAAAUAAAAUGCAGGUCAAGAUAAAAAAAAUAUAUGAAAAGCC